GAGGUUAGCCGAGGCAGCUACAGCGGCGGAGGCGCAGGGGCUGGUACGCGCUGGGCGGAGAGAGCCUCAUGGCGGAGGAAGAGAGCGACCAAGAGGCCGAACGCCUCGGAGAAGAGCUCGUGGCCAUUGUGGAGUCCCCGCCAGGCCCUCCCGGGCUUAGAGCUACGGGCGAAGGCAGAGUCGGCGCUGGCGGCGGCAGCUGCCGUGGCGGCGGCGUCGGGAUCAGCAGUCGGGAUUACUGCCGACGCUUCUGUCAGGUGGUUGAAGAUUAUGCUGGAAGAUGGCAGGUCCCUUUGCCACAGCUUCAGGUUCUUCAGACUGCACUUUGCUGUUUUACAUCAGCCAGUGCAUCCUUCCCAGAUGAAUGUGAGCACGUACAAUAUGUUUUGAGUAGCCUUGCUUUGAGUUUCUUUGAGUUGCUGCUGUUCUUUGGAAGAGAUGAGUUUUAUGAAGAGCCCUUAAAGGAUAUUCUUGGAUCAUUCCAGGAAUGCCAGAAUCACCUCCGCAGAUAUGGAAAUGUGAAUCUGGAACUGGUGACUCGAAUCAUUAGAGAUGGUGGCCCAUGGGAAGAUCCAGUGUUGCAAGCUGUUCUAAAAGCCCAGCCAGCAUCUCAGGAGAUAGUGAACAAAUAUUUAAGUUCUGAAAAUCCACUAUUCUUUGAACUACGUGCCAGAUAUCUAAUUGCUUGUGAACGCAUACCUGAAGCAAUGGCUCUUAUUAAAUGUUGUGUAAAUCACCCAGAAAUCAGUAAAGACUUGUACUUCCAUCAAGCACUCUUCACAUGUCUGUUUAUGUCACCUGUAGAAGAUCACCUAUUCCGGGAGCAUUUACUGAAAACUGAUUGUAAGAGUGGAAUUGAUAUCAUCUGUAACACUGAAAAAGAAGGCAAGACUAUGUUAGCCUUGCAACUCUGUGAAUCCUUUCUUAUUCCACAGCUCCAGAAUGGGGAUAUGUACUGCAUCUGGGAGUUGAUUUUCAUAUGGAGUAAACUUCAGCUAAAGUCUAAUCCUUCAAAACAAGUUUUUGUAGAUCAAUGCUACCAGCUUUUAAGAACAGCAACUAAUGUGAGAGUCAUAUUUCCUUUCAUGAAAAUCAUUAAAGAUGAGGUUGAAGAAGAAGGCUUACAAAUUUGUGUUGAAAUAUGUGGUUGUGCUCUACAGCUAGACCUUCAUGAUGAUCCCAAAACUAAAUGUCUAAUUUAUAAAACAAUUGCACAUUUUUUGCCAAAUGAUUUGGAGAUUCUCAGGAUUUGUGCACUCUCAAUAUUUUUUCUUGAGCGCUCCUUGGAAGCUUAUCAUACUGUUGAAGAGCUUUACAAACGUCCAGAUGAAGAAUAUAAUGAAGGCACAAGUAGUGUUCAAAAUCGUGUUCGUUUUGAAUUACUUCCAAUUUUGAAAAAGGGAUUGUUUUUUGAUCCUGAAUUCUGGAACUUCAUAAUGAUUAAGAAAAACUGUGUAGCAUUACUGAGUGAUAAAUCAGCAGUUAGAUUUCUAAAUGAAAGUACACUGGAAAAUUCUACAGGUAAUGUAAAAAAGGCAGUGGAACAGCAAGGUUUAGAUGAAGGACUUGACUCUCUUACAGAUCAGAGCACUGGAGAGCUUGAUCCUGAUGACAUAUCUGGAGUGCAACCAAAAGGUCAUAUUAAUGCAAAGAAAAACCUCACAGCUCUUAACGCUUCCAGAGUAGAUCACAAUGUCCCAAGGCAUCGGUGUAUGUUAUGUAACAAGGAAUUUCUAGGUGGUCACAUUGUAAGGCAUGCCCAGGCUCAUCAGAAAAAGGGCAGUUUUUCAUGUGUGAUUUGUGGUAGAAAAUUUAGAAACAGAGGACUUAUGCAGAAGCAUUUAAAGAAUCAUGUUAAGAAAAUACAGAGACAGCAACUUGCUGCAGCUCAACAGGAGGAUCAGGAAAAUCCUGCUUUGGAAGAAAUCAAUUGUUCUGAUACUUUCAUUUCAUUUGAAAAUGGGAAGUCUGAUAAUAAGGAUUUGGAAGUAGAGACUAUUACCUGUUCCAGUGAUGGAAACAAAGAUGUCAUCCCUUCACAUGUGGGUGAAUUCAUUGAAAUUCCCGGAAGUGUAUUGGAAGAUGUUAUUGAAAAUAUUACUGAAAAUGGCAAUCCUGAUACUUCUUUAAAUAAUGUCUCAGAGCCAUUACCUGUAUGUGUGGAUGACUAUGAGGAGGAAGAAGACGAAGAAGGUGAUUAUGAAGAAGAUGAUUACGACCUGAAUCAGGAAACGUCUGUACUUCAUAAAAUCAAUGGAACCGUGUGCCAUCCAAAAGACAUAUAUGCGACAGAUCAAGAAGGAAACUUUAAGUGCCCCGCUCUUGGCUGUGUCAGGAUAUUUAAAAGAAUUGGAUUUCUAAAUAAGCAUGCAAGGACUGUACAUCCAACUGAUUUAAAUGUGCGGCAAACAGUAAUGAAGUGGAGCAAAGGAAAAUGCAAAUUUUGUCAAAGGCAGUUUGAAGAUUCUCAACAUUUUAUAGAUCACCUUAAUAGACACAGCUAUCCAAAUGUGUACUUUUGUUUGCAUUUUAAUUGCAAUGAGUCAUUUAAGCUGCCAAUCCAACUUGCUCAGCACACAAAAAGUCACAAGAUAUUUCAAGCUCAGUGUAGUUUUCCAGAAUGCCAUGAGCUUUUUGAAGAUCUUCCUCUGCUAUAUGAACAUGAAGCUCAGCACUAUUUAAGUAAAACACCAGAAUCAUCUGCACAACCAAGUGAAGCUAUUCUUUGGGAUGUUCUAACAGAGUCAAAAUCUAAUCAUCAGGAAAAAGACUCAUCUAGUAAUGAGAAACAAACUGUUAGUCUACCAAUUUCUACUAGCAAAUCAAGGAAAGAUCCUACAGAACCAAAGACAUGUAUAGAAAGUAUGGAAAAGAAAACAGACCAUUUAGUUCAGAAUGGAAAUGAACAUUCUGAUCACACUGUUUCUGAUAUAAGCUUGACAGACCAAAAGAUGCCUGACAUAGAGCCAAAUUCUGAAAAUAACUGUAUUAGUGAUUUAGUCAAUGGACACAGUGGAAUAGAGCAAACACCUUUAGUUUCCUCAGAUCCUGCUUUGAAAAUUGAUACAAAUAGAAUCAGGACAGAAAACGGUUCCAUUUUACCUAGUGUUGUACCACAAGAACACAGUACCCUGCCAGUACCUCAGGCACCUUCCAAACCAAAUCAGACGAGUGAACAUACUUCAUAUGGCUUAAUUUUAACAAAGCCAUAUGUCAGACCAUUGCCUCCCAGUUACCUUGAUGAACGGUACCUUAGUAUGCCAAAACGCAGAAAAUUUCUGACUGAUAGGGUAGAUGCCUGUUCUGAUCAAGAUAACGUUUGUAAAAAAUCAGUGAAAAGAUUAAGAUGUGGCAAAUGCCUGACCACCUACUGUAAUGCAGAAGCACUUGAGGCUCACCUUGCACAAAAGAAAUGUCAGACACUCUUUGGAUUUGAUUCAGAUGAUGAAAGUGCCUGAUAAAAAUGUUUCAGAGCGAUCUGUCGAUCAAGCAGUAGUGUGCAAAAAGCACUACAAGAAAAUGCAUCAUCAGUUUGCUAUUUCCCUGAUGGCCUUAAUUUUAGAGCGGUCUUGGAUUACUAAAGAUAAAGACAAAGCACAUUUUCUAGAAUGAACCCACAGAGAUGUGCUGGUUUAGACUCCAAAAGGGUUAUUACAAAACUCCCAAAGUACCAGUUAUCCAGAAAAACCACAUUUUUUUAAGAAGUCGAUGAUGAUUAACAGCAGCAUGUUCAGUUUCGCUUAUGUGAGAAACAUAUGCAGGCAACUAGUCAAAAAGAAUAACCAGCUAUGGCCUUACAGAAAGGGAAAAACCCAUUAUAAAAAAGGGGGGGGGGUGGUUUACAAUAAACAAAAGUAUUCCACAAAUAGGGUUUGUUUUCUUGUCAUGCCUAAUCAGAUUAUUCCUCCUUUCUGGUCAAACAUGCUUUAAGGAACCAUUUCUGUUUGGUUUAUUAUUACUUAGAAACUGAUUGAUAAGAUGAAAGUAAAACGAUUUAUCACCAUCCUAGCUAUAAAAGAUUGUACCUUGUUUCCAGAUGAUUGAUUAGGUCAAAGUUCAAUGAAUGACAUGCCAGCAUUUAAAAUUAACAAACAAAAGAAGACAAAACAACAGUGCUUUGCUAAUAAGCUCUUGACAGAACCUUCCACUUUUCAUUUUUAUAAUACCAAUGAGUUAUAUUUAAAAGGCAGCAGCGUCAAUAGAAAACAUAUUAUCAGUAACUCUGGGAAGAGAUGGGAGGAUCUAAGACCAUUAAGGCUAUCUUAGUUGAAAGAAAACACUGAAUUGCAAAUUCUUCAAUGUGAAUAAUGGUAUAAGCACACUGGGAUAUUUCUGUUUGUAUAUAGAGUAGUGUUAGGACAUUGCUUGAUGAUUCAUAGUAAGGUCCUUUAGACAUUAAUGUGAGUUAUCUAAGUACAGUCCUAUAAAAAUAACUGACUAUUAAAAAAAAUGCAGCUAAGAAUCCGAUCAAGAAUUCAUUGGUUUUAUUCAAUUAGGAGAGUUAAUUCUAAAAUAAGCCAUAUUACUCAUGCUUUCUUAUUUAUUUCUGAUGAAUUUGGUCUGAAUAGUAAUUUUUAUAUAUAAAAAGAAAUAUUUACACAAAAAUUUGCACAGCAAGAACACAGUAAGAUAUAUUGAUGCAUUUAUUUUCUUUGAUGACCAGUAAUUUUCCUAAGGAAGAUUUUAACUUAAUAAAUCGUUAAAACAAAAAGCUUUUUAAAAAUACCCUCUCAGAUGUGUUCCACUUGUAUAGUCUUUAAAAGAGGAAGCUUAAAGACUUCCUUUUACCUAACAGUGUGUUAAUCUAUAACAGGGGUAAAAUGAACAAAAAUGCAAAGGCAAAUUCUCAAAAACAGAGCUAUUAAUGUACCAAUGUCAACCAGAUAUUCCAGUUAUUCCAACUGAUACAUUCUUGUUCAAAGUAUAUAAUCUCAUCAGACCCUACUAUUAUAAAUUUCUGGAUAUUAAAGCUUCUUGAAUGAAGUUACUAAGGAAGUGUGACUUUUCUUCCAGGGUAGCAUCCAGGCUUUAUUAAAUUAGGAUUUGCAGGUCAUGAUAAAUCAGAUAUCUAAAAAACUACCCAAUUUUAUUAGUUUAUUUAUCAUAGGCAUUCACUACUAUGCAAUUGAUAGUCAUAAGUCCAUAUCAAUCAAAUCAGGUUUUUGUUUUGUUAUGUAGCCUACAUUAGGCUGUGGAAUUUACAUUUAAAUAACAUAAGUAAACAACUCCAUAAGGCUUUUAAAUCCUUUAAGGUCAACUAAAGAAAAAAAUGUUUUCCAUACUUCCUGAUACUAAAAAUAUAAUAUUUGAGUUCUAUUUCAGUUCAGUCUAAAAUACAUCAUGUAAUUAAAAGUAUUUGGAAACUAGAUCAUAUGGACAAUGAAGUUAUUUUGAAAUAUUUCUGCUUUGUACAUUUUCCAGAUGUUUAAAAUCACAGCUUAACAUUUUAUCACAUUUUUAACUUUUUAUUUUUUAUAAGUUGUAACUAUUGACAUAAAUCCAUGUCUGCAAAUUAUUUUCAUUCAUUUUGCAGUUCAUACCAAGAUGUUUUAAACAUAUUCCACUUGUUAUUUUUUUGUCUUUGAGGCUUUGUUUCUACUUUCGUGUUGGUAAGGGAAAACUUUCUGAAAGACUGAGAUGAAAUUGGUUUAUACAUAACUAGAUCAAGGAAUGUUUUAUAAAAUUCUAUGUGACCACAUUGUUCUAACCUCUUUAUAUACUUAUCAAAUAAUUGCUAUUGAAGGAAUGUGUACAUUUUCUUAUGUAUGCCUUAUAAAACAUAAACUUACAUCAUUUUGCUUUUACGGGGUGCAUAAACUUACAACAGUUCCAAUGUGGGAUUCAGAAGACAAGGAAGCUUUUCUUCUUGUUCCUCAGAUUCUUCUCUUUUUCUUUUCUACUCCUAUUUUAAGGAUGUGUUUAUCUUACAUGGACCAAGUUUCAAUCCUUCAUUUUCAAAUAAAAAUUUCCUUUGAAACAUUAAAUAUUAACUUUCUGCUAUGUUUCAGUAAGGUCAAAAAAAUAGCAAAUCUGAAUUUUUGCUGCUCAGAUAUUAUGGAGAAGAUAGAAAAGGAGAACCUUUGUGGACAGGGGCACUGGUACUUUGGGCUUCAGCCAUAUUCUUUUUUUUUUU